AUGAAUGAUGAUUUAGAGGAAAAGAAGGAGGAAGGAGAUGAUGAGGAAUUUAUAGAGAUGUUGAUAAGAUGGACGGGGGAGAGUAAGAAGUGGACCAAGGAACAAGAGGAACGCAUUGCGGCAUUUGUGAGCCCCUAUGCGGAGAAGUUGGAUGUGAGCCCCUUGUUAGUUGAGGCAGCAGAAUGUUGUACCCCGGACAGGAGAAAGAAAUGGCAACGUAAGUGGGGAGAGGCGGCGAAGAGAGUUAUGUCUCAUAGACAAUAUGAGAAAACCAGGAAGGGUCAGGCAGCAGGAGUAAUGCCCCUCCGAAGGGUUUAUGACCCACCGGGACCUCCAGGGCCUGGUGGGGCGGAGGCACCACGGACCUACACGGUCCAGCAUGUACCCUUUUCAAGUGCAGAUGUUUGCAAUUGGAGAAAUCAAAAUCCUUCCUUUGAGGAGAAUCCAGCAAAGAUUAUAAAAUUGUUUGAAGGGAUUUUUAAAACCUAUAAUCCCACUUUUGAUGAUGUGCAGUAUUUGAUGGAUGCGCUGUUAACCACAGAAGAAACUAGGCGAAUCCAUGUUGAAGCCCGAGUACACAUGAGAGCACAGGGAACACCGGAGCCAGACAUUAUAACAGGAUACCCUGAUAGUACACCGAAUUGGAAUUAUCAGACUACUGAGGGCCAGAAAACCCUCACUACCUACCGCCAGAAUGUGUUAAAUGGUAUGAGGAGGGCAGCCAGGAAACCCACCAACUUUGUGAAGGUCAGAGAGGUAGUGCAGGGGAAUGAAGAGGCCCCAGGGGCUUACCUGGAACGCCUGAAGGAAGCCUACCGUCAGUAUACUCCUGUAGACCCAGAUGAGGCUGCCAACGCCCUUAUUGUCAAGGCUGCUUUUGUAGCUCAGGCAGCGCCCGAUGUCCGCCGAAAAAUUCAAAAACACGAGGGGUUCUUGGGCCACACCCUUGAGUGGAUGUUAGAACUGGCUCAAACCACUUACAAUCAGAGGGAAGACGAGGAACAAAAGAAAAAGGAGAAGUAUCAAGCAAAAAAGUUGAUGGCGUUGCAGGCUACCGCACCCAUCCCUCAGAAAAGAGGAAGUGCCCGGGGAGGAGGGCAAGGCCGCCUGGGGAGGAAUCAGUGCGCCAUCUGCCGGCAGGAAGGGCACUGGAAAGGAGAAUGCCCACAGGACAGACCGGGCCCAGCUGCUUUAGGUUCCCGUGAGCCCAUGGUCAAAAUACAAACAGGGAACCAAACUAUCCCCUUUAUGGUUGACACAGGAGCCGCCCACUCUGUUUUGCCCAUGCCAGUGUCCAAGCCCACCAAGCAAACAAUUAACAUAAUAGGAGCCACAGGGAAAUCACAAAGAGCCCCCUUCUUGCAAUCUGUUGCCUGUUGCCUGGGCGGCCAAGUAGUCCAACACAAGUUUUUGUAUAUACCAGAGUGUCCCAUCCCAUUAUUGGGCCGAGACCUGCUAUCAAAAUUGCAAGCCCAGAUUUCCUUUCAACCGACAGGAGAAGUGACAAUGACUACAGGGCAAACAGGAGAGCUUUCCUUAGAGGUACCCUUAAGGGAACACUGGCGCUUAAUGAUGGUAAAAGAAGAGGAGGGGACUAUUCCAGAGGACCUCCUGCAAGAAGUUAACCCUGGUGUAUGGGCAGAAAGCAACCCACCCGGAAUGGCAAAGAACAUCCCACCUGUAAUAGUUAAGCCCAAGCCAUUUGCUAACCCUGUGGCCGUGAACCAAUACCCUAUCCCCCGGCGAGCUGCAGAAGGAGUAUGGAUACAUUUGGAACGGUUGCUUCGCCAUGGCAUCCUGAGACAGUGUCAAUCUCAGUGGAACACCCCACUCUUGCCGGUAAAGAAGGAGGAUGGCACGUACCGCCCGGUCCAAGACCUCCGAUUGGUCAACCAAGCCGUGGAAACCCUCCACCCCAAUGUGCCCAAUCCUUACACGCUGUUGAGUUUAAUACCUCCUACUGCCUGCUAUUUCACGGUACUGGACUUGAAGGAUGCAUUCUUCUGCUGCCGUCUGGCAGAGGAAAGUCAGCCCCUGUUUGCAUUUCAAUGGAUGGAUCCAGGAACAGGCACCAAGGUGCAAUAUACGUGGACGAGGCUUCCACAAGGUUUCAAGAAUUCUCCAACCCUUUUUGGGGUAGCAUUGGCCUCGGACCUGUCUAGCUUCCCCACCAGCCCACACAGGGUCUUGUUGCAGUACGUAGAUGACCUUCUUUUGGCCUGUUCAGACGAGGACACGUGUAUGAAAGCCACCAAGGAUUUGUUAAAUCACUUGGCUGAAGCAGGAUACCGAGUAUCUAAGAAAAAGGCCCAAAUAUGCCAACCCACUGUAAAAUACCUUGGAUUUGAUAUAUCCCAUCAGCAACGGACCCUUAGAGAAGAAAGGAAGCAAGCCAUUAUCCAGAUUCCAGAGCCAAAGAAUCGCAGAGAACUUCGUGGCUUCUUGGGCUCGGCAGGAUUCUGUAGAAUAUGGAUCCCUGACUUCAGCACAAUUGCCAAGCCUCUGCACGAGUCAACCAGAGGAACUGAGAAGGACCCCUUUGUGUGGGGAGAGGAGCAACGGCAGGCCUUCAAGGAUCUGAAAAGGGCAUUGCAGCAAGCACCAGCGCUGGGUAUCCCAAAUCCUGAGAAGCCUUUCUCCCUGUUUGUGGAUGAGGACCAGGGAACAGCGAAGGGAGUGCUAUGCCAAAAAUUGGGGAGCUGGCAACAACCCGUGGCAUACCUAUCUGAACGCCUGACGCCCACAGAACAAGGUUUACCGCCAUGUAUGAGAGCAGUUGUGGCAGUAGCCACCCUACUGAACAAAGCUGACAAAUUUACUUUUGGCCAAGACACUGUUUGUGUGACUCCGCAUGCAGUCCCAGCACUGCUUGACAUGAAGGGUACCUAUUUCCUCUCCCAAGCGAAGAUGAGAAAGUGUCAGAUGUUAUUGUUGCACCCACGUCUGAAGUUCCAGGUCACCACCGCCCUCAACCCAGCUACCCUGUUGCCGGUAGGAGAAGGUGAGGAGCAGACGCACGAUUGCAUUGAAGUAAUGGACGAAGUAUAUUCCAGCAGGCCUGAUCUCAAAGACGAAGCAGACCCCCACUGGCUUUCAUGGUUUGUGGAUGGAAGCAGCUUUGUCGAGGCUGGGCAGCGAAAAGCAGGCUAUGCAGUGGUAGCCCUGGACGACCAGGUGGUCGAAGCAAAGUCACUCCCGCCUGGAACAUCGGCCCAGCUGGCAGAACUAACUGCGCUUACCAGAGCCUUGAGCCUGGCAAAGGGGCAGAAGAUAAACAUCUAUACUGAUUCUAAGUAUGCAUUCCUGACCUUACACGCCCAUGGAGCCUUAUGGAAAGAGAGAGGUUUGCUUACCUCCAGAGGAAACCAGGUGGCCCACCCACAAGCUUUGUUGAACCUUCUGGAUGCUGUAUGGGAACCUGAAGCGGUAGCGGUUAUCCAUUGUUAUGGACACACAACUGGACCAGGGGAAGUGGCCAGAGGAAAUCGUUUGGCAGACAAAGUGGCCAAGGAAGCAGCCCGGGAACUGGCCACAGCUCCGAUCAUUGGAGCACUGAUCCCAGAAGAGAUUUUAAGCACUGCUGACAAGCCGGCUUACACAAAACAGGAAAGGGACACUGCAGACGCCCAGGAGUUGACAUUGACCAACGAAGGAUGGUACCUCACACCUGAUGACAGGAUAUGGAUUCCAGAGUCCCUGUCUCGGCAAAUAACUCAGAGAUACCAUGAGUCAACCCACAUGGGGCCAGAUGCUACCACCAAGCAGCUGGCAAAGUGCUUCUAUAUAGCCCACCUUUAUCAACUGGCAGCCCAGGUUUCCAGAAAAUGCCUGCUAUGUCAAAAGAAUAAUCCCAGAACCGGACCACUGGCUCCUCCGGGAGUUCAGCACAGUGGAACUGCACCAAUGGAAGAUCUUGUGGUAGACUUCACUGAAUUACCCCGUUGUGGAUUAUAUCGCUACCUGCUGGUGGCAGUGUGCACCUACACCGGAUGGGUCGAGGCAUGGCCAACAAAGACUGAAAAGGCAAUUGAUGUAACCAGGUGCCUGCUUAAGGAAAUCAUCCCUCGCUAUGGGUUGCCAAGAUCCAUAGGAUCUGAUAAUGGACCAGCAUUCGUUCAUGCAGUCCUACAGGGACUGGCUAAAGCGCUUCAGAUCAACUGGAAGCUGCAUACUGCUUAUAGACCCCAGAGUUCUGGAAAGGUAGAAAGGAUGAACAGGACUCUAAAGAAUCAGCUGUCCAAGCUGACACAGGAAACCGGGUCUAAUUGGGUGGCCAUGUUGCCCUUGGCAUUACUCAGGGUCCGCAGUCUUCCGUCAAAACGGACCCACUUGUCACCUUUUGAAGUUCUGUUUGGGAGACCAGUCCCAUAUGUUAGAAUGUUAAAUCCGUAUGUUAGCCAAGAUGUGCAAUUGAAUAAUUAUGUACAGUCACUCUCCCGAGUUCUUUCUUAUCUCAACAGGUGGACCCAGGCUCGCACCCCAUGUGUGUUAACUGAACCGCUCCAUCAGUUCGAGCCAGGUGACGAAGUGUGGGUGAAAGACUGGCAGCGAGCCCCCCUACAGCCCUGCUGGAGGGGACCAUACACCGUGCUACUCUCUACCCCUACUGCUGUGAAGGUUGCCGGCAUCACCCCGUGGGUCCACCAUACUCGAGUGAAGAAAGCCAUUUCGGAUUGGACAGUAACACCAGAUCCGGAGAACUCCCUUCGGCUGACCAUCUCCAGACGCCUGGCGGACGACCGCUCUGCUGAUAUCACACCGGAAGCUGAUAUCUCAACGCACAGCUGAAGAAUUGGAUGGGAGGGGCGCCCGCGGGCAGCGUCCCCAACUCCGUACCGGGACU